AUGGAUGAUGGGUGUCCAUGCACUACUUGUACUGUGUCACAUGCGUCUGAUAACAACACAGCUGUAGUACUCCUAAUUACCUCCACUUCCUUCUCUCUAAGGAACGCACAUGACAAACAAAUUGCAACUAAUUUGAGACAAAAAUUAGGCGGUUUUACAUCAGGUGGUUUCGGAGGUGGAGGAGGCGUAGUGAGUGGUAGUUCCGGCGCAGCUUUGAAGCUCACAGUUGGUGGUUUUGGUGGCAACAGCAGUGGAGGUGGCUUUGGUGACGGUCGUGGUGUAGGUGGUUUUGUCGACGGCGGUGGAUUGGAAGGUGGACACAAAGUUGUGUAUAAGAACACUACAUAUAUAUAA